UGAGCGUGCGCACACCCGGCCGCUACAGCCCUCUGGGCUGCGGAGCCAGAGUUGGUCCCAAAGCGGAAGUGCUUCUCGGGGCCAGUUUUCGUAACGGUCUCCUCUGCAGCGAGCACAAAAUCUGUGUCGAGAGAGAGGUUGAGGGGGCGAGUGCACAGUGACCUGCGCUAAGGGUUCAUACGCACCCCUCAAGCUCCUCCUUAGGCGCCCCCGCCUCUCCCUCUGUUCCUCUCCCCUUGCCCGAGCCCCGAGGUAGGGGCCUUGUGUGAAUGCUCCAGCUGAAGUGAAUCUGCACCCGAAGGCUUCCUUCUGGCUCCUGGGCAAGACGUCCCCAGUGAGCUCAGGCUUCACACAUCUCUGUCUUUUCCCAAGAAGAGCAGGAAAUGGCCAAACCCCAGGGACUCAUGACAUUUGAGGAUGUGGCUGUGGAUUUCACCCAGGAGGAGUGGCAGUACCUGAACCCUCCACAGAGGAACCUGUACAGAGAUGUGAUGCUGGAAACCUACAGCAACCUGGUCUCUGUGGCAGGGCAGCAGGUUACCAAACCAGAUCUCAUCCUCAAAUUGGAGGUAGAAGAGCCAUGCCUGCCAGAAGGAAAAAUCCCAAUUUGGAGCUUUCCAGAAGAAGCCUGCCAGGUUGAUGAACAGUUUGAGAGACAGCAUCAGGAUGACCAAGAUAAAUAUCUGAUGCAAGUUGGAUUCCCUGACAGGAAAACAAUUACCACCAAGAGUGGCCUUGACUAUAAUGAAUUUGGAAAUAUACUUCAUCUGAGUACAAACCUUGUUGCUUCAAUACAAAGGCCCCAUAAAUAUGAGUCAUUUGGAUAUAAUAUGGUAGAUAAUUUAGACUUAUUUAGUAGAAGCUCUGCAGGAAAGAAACAUGAUAAUGAAUGUGCAAAAUUAUUCUUCCAUACUGAGUAUGAGAAAACAACUCCUGGAGUAAAACCCUAUGGAUAUAAAGAGUGUGGGAAGACCCUCAGGCAAAAGAAAGGUCUUAGUCUACAUCAGAGAAUUAAAAAUGGAGAGAAACCCUUUGAAUGUACUGCAUGUAGGAAAACCUUCAGCAAGAAGUCACACCUCAUUGUACAUUGGAGAACUCAUACAGGAGAGAAACCCUUUGGAUGUACAGAAUGUGGAAAAGCCUUUAGCCAAAAAUCUCAGCUCAUUAUACACCUGAGAACUCAUACAGGAGAGCGACCCUUUGAGUGUCCAGAAUGUGGAAAAGCCUUCAGAGAAAAGUCAACUGUCAUUAUACAUUACAGGACUCAUACGGGAGAGAAACCUUAUGAAUGUAACGAAUGUGGAAAAGCCUUCACUCAGAAGUCAAACCUCAUUGUCCAUCAGAAAACCCACACAGGAGAAAAAACUUACGAAUGCACCAAAUGUGGGGAAUCUUUCAUACAGAAGCUUGAUCUAAUUAUACAUCAUAGUACUCAUACAGGAAAGAAACCCCAUGAAUGUAAUGAGUGUAAGAAAACUUUCAGUGAUAAGUCAACUCUCAUUAUACAUCAAAGAACUCAUACGGGAGAGAAACCUCAUAAAUGUACGGAAUGUGGGAAGUCUUUCAACGAGAAGUCAACCCUCAUUGUGCAUCAGCGAACUCAUACAGGAGAGAAACCCUAUGAAUGUGAUGUGUGUGGGAAAACCUUCACCCAAAAGUCAAACCUUGGUGUACAUCAAAGAACUCAUUCAGGAGAGAAACCCUUUGAAUGUAAUGAAUGUGAGAAAGCAUUCUCUCAGAAAUCCUAUCUCAUGCUACACCAGAGAGGUCAUACAGGAGAGAAGCCCUAUGAAUGCAAUGAAUGUGAAAAAGCAUUUUCCCAGAAAUCAUAUCUCAUUAUACAUCAAAGAACGCAUACAGAAGAAAAACCCUAUAAAUGUAAUGAAUGUGGCAAAGCCUUCAGAGAAAAGUCGAAGCUCAUUAUACAUCAGAGAAUCCAUACAGGAGAGAAGCCCUAUGAAUGUCCUGUAUGUUGGAAGGCUUUCAGCCAGAAGUCACAGCUCAUAAUACAUCAGCGAACACACACAGGAGAGAAACCCUAUGCGUGCACUGAGUGUGGCAAAGCCUUCAGAGAAAAAUCAACAUUCACUGUACAUCAGAGAACUCAUACUGGAGAGAAACCCUAUAAGUGUACAGAAUGUGGGAAAGCCUUUACUCAAAAGUCAAAUCUUAUUGUACAUCAGAGAACACAUACAGGAAAGAAAGCCCAUGGGAAAGGCCAUACCCGGAAGUCUAAGCUCAUUUCACAUUAGAGAGCCAACAGUGCAGUUAUCUUCACUGAAGGAAAGUUUUGUCAGUUUAAACAUUUUAAAAGUAUGUUCUGACUUCUGGUUUAAAUAUGGGGAGUAAAGUCAGCCUUUUUUCCUUUCCACCUCAGUCUUCACCCAAAAGCUACUAGGAGAAAAAGAAGUGGACGUGUAAUCUCUGUAUCUGACAAAAUUAGGAGAUCGCUGAAACCCUGAUGAGAGGGCUGCCAGAGGCAGAGGAAAUCAAGCACCAGUGCAAGGAGAUUUCAAAGGCUAGAGAGGAGUGGUCAAGGCUGCAGAUGUGAGAUAGCACUGGUAAGGACUCUUAGCCGAGUUUUAGGCGGAGUGCAAGACCAAAUAGAUACAUAACAAUGGUAACAGAGAGCAUGGGCAGGUGGGACGUUUCCUAGACCCAUUUGGAGUCUCAGGAGAGACAGGCAGGGGCCUCAACAAGGAAUUGCUCAGACAAGCCAUAUUUGCAGAAAGUAGUCUAUACUCAUGAGCGGAGCAGUUGGCAGGGGCUGGGGAAAGAGAAGGGAGUGUUCUUGUAAAGAACCCAACAGCUGCCCCUAUUUACUGACUCUGGAAAGUCAAAUCUGAAAAACCUACCAAAUGCAAAAGUAAUUCCAGUUAGAAAAACUCUGAUCUGCCUAGAAUGUGGCCCCAUUUCUUCCCUUACAUGAACUUCCAGCAAACAACAAGUCCAGGAAAAACUCUUACUCAAUGAGGAGUGAUUCCAAGGCAAUCAAAACCAUAAAUGUACAUGGCUUUUGAGCCAGCAAUUCCACUUCUAGGAAUGUAUAUACUCAUGCAUGUACAAAAUGAUGAACACACAGAGGUAUUCAGUGAUGCACUGUUUGUGAAAACAAAAGGUUGGAAGCUUUCCACAUGGCUCCUGAAAUCCUGGAAUGUUCGCACAGCAACCUUUUAGGUAGACAAAAAAAAAAAAAAA